GGCGCCUCGUUUUCGGGUGAAAAGCAGCCAGCUAGCCGCGCUAACGUUAGCUCCUGGAAGGGCGGACGAGUUUCACGUUUCUCCCUCUCCCGGGUGUCCUCACGUUUCUUUUUUCAGUUUAGAGUCCUCGAAGCCCAGCUUCCCCCCCCCCCCCUCCUUCCCCGGACAACAUGGAGGGGGGGGCGCGCGCUGCUGCUGCGCGAGCAUUUGAGCAGAGAGAGAAGAACGCGGAUUAAAGUGCAACUCUGUCUGGAUUUGGGGUGUGUGUGUGUGUGUGUGGGGGGGGGGGGGGGGUAGGUAUGAAACUCGCGUGCACGCGGAGGAAUGCUGAAAGCGAAACUCGGGUUACUGUCAAAUUCGUCCACGCGACUCGCGUGCUCGGCCCCGUGAAAAGUGCGUCGUUGUCACCAACGUGUUUACCCACUCGCUGCUCGCUCUGUGCGCGUGUGGGAUGGUCACGCCUGAGCGCGUGCGUGUGGCACGUUGGAAGAUUAACAACUCGGGCUAGACGAAGGGAAAAAGGUUUCAAGUCUCGCUCCAUUGUUUCCAGGGCAUGCUCAGGCCUCAGUCGGGUCGCUCCCGGAUCUGAUUUGUUUGACGUCUCCUCUGGACUCGUCGUGACCCGGCCUGGAGUGAUGGACUCUGCCGACGUGAGCACGUCCACCGUGGCGCCCGAUGAGUUCGACAGGAACGUGCCGCGGAUCUGCGGCGUGUGCGACGACAAAGCCACCGGCUUCCACUUCAACGCCAUGACCUGCGAGGGCUGCAAGGGCUUCUUCAGGCGCAGCAUGAAGCGCAAGGCGGCCUUCACGUGUCCCUUCAGCGGCACGUGCGCCAUCACCAAGGACAACCGGCGCCACUGCCAGGCCUGCCGCCUCAAACGCUGCGUGGACAUCGGCAUGAUGAAAGAGUUCAUUCUGACAGACGAGGAAGUGCAGAGGAAGAAGGACCUGAUUCAGCGGAGGAAGGACGAGGAGGUGCAGCGCGAGGCGGACAAGGAGGCGCGGCGUCCGCGGCUCAGCGACGACCAGAGUCAGGUGAUCGCCACGCUGGUGGAGGCGCACCACAAGACCUACGACGACUCCUACUCCGACUUCUGCCGCUUCAGGCCUCCGGUGCGCGAGGGUCCGGUGACGCGCAGCGCCAGCCGAGCGGCCUCGCUCCACUCGCUGUCCGACGCCUCCUCCGACUCCUUCAGCCACUCUCCAGAGUCGGUGGACAACAAGAUGAACUUCAACAACCUGCUGAUGAUGUACCACGAGCAAGGCAGCAGCCCCGACUCCAGCAAGGAGGAGGCCUGCAGCUUCUCCAUGCUGCCCCACCUGGCCGACCUGGUGUCCUACAGCAUCCAGAAGGUCAUCGGCUUCGCCAAGAUGAUCCCUGGCUUCAGGGAGCUGACUGCAGAGGACCAGAUCGCUCUGCUCAAGUCCAGCGCCAUCGAGGUGAUCAUGCUGCGCUCCAACCAGAGCUUCAGCCUGGAGGACAUGUCCUGGAGCUGCGGGGGGCCGGACUUCAAAUACCAGGUCAGCGACGUCACCAAAGCGGGCCACUCUCUGGAGCUGCUGGAGCCUCUGGUGAAGUUCCAGGUGGGCUUGAAGAAGCUGAACCUGCAGGAGGAGGAGCACGUGCUGCUGAUGGCCAUCUGCCUGCUGUCUCCAGACCGCCCCGGUGUGCAGGACCACGCCCGGAUCGAGGUCCUGCAGGACCAGCUGUCCGAGACCCUGCAGGCCUUCAUCACGCUGCACCACCCGGCCGGGCGGCUGCUCUACGCCAAGAUGAUCCAGAAGCUGGCCGACCUGCGCAGCCUCAACGAGGAGCACUCCAAGCAGUACCGCUCGCUCUCCUUCCAGCAGGAGCACAGCCUGCAGCUCACGCCGCUGGUGCUGGAGGUGUUCGGGAGCGAGGUCUCCUAGAACCUCCCGGAACCUCCAGAGCCUCGACGCGGCGGCGAGGGAGGAGACCGAGGGGGUAAAGAUGCAGGCGGGGAGCUGAGGAUGGACCGAGUGGUGUGGAGCGAGACGCGAGUGGAAGAGAGAAAGCUGUGUGUGUGUGUGUGUGUGUGUUAGUCGUGUGUCUCGUCUAAAGAAGUCUACUCUCAUCCGGAGACGUAGUACUAAGGAAACUUCAUAUAAUACAAAUAUACGUGCAUAAACACAAACGCCAACAAGCCGACAUUUCUACGACUUCUCCAGCGUUUGUCCGUCUUCACAUCGUCGACCUGCUGCUCGAGCACACGGACUCUCAGCGAUUCCGUUAGCCAUCCGGUGGAGCUACCUCUUUGUUUUGCAUCACGUGGCACACACACUUUGACACAUUUAGACUCAGUACGUUCUAAAGACUUCUCUCGGUGACGAGGAACACGCGCCGCCCACCUGUCGCCCGACGCCUGGUCUCAAAAGAAAUAGCUUCUGGUCGGACGCUACCUUCUCAGAGAAAGCUUCCAGUACCUAAACAUAACCGUUCUGCUGCUUCAUGAGGGGUCUGAGGACUGUGUGUGUGUGUGUGUGUGUGUGUGUGUGUGUGUGUGUGUGUGUGUGUGUGUGUGUGUGUGUGUGUGUGUGUGUGUGUGUGUGUGUGUGUGUGUGUGUGUGUGUGUGUGUGUGUGUGUGUGGGGGUCUUGAGGUGAGACUUAGCCACUAAAUGUGUGAGCCACCUUUUAUACACCGAUAACUGUCAAUCAAACCUGCGCUGUGGCUUCUUUUUAAAAAAAAUAGUUUUCUUUUCUCAUUAGUCUACUUUGUUUUCUUUGUUUUCCCCCUCGUGUAAAUAGUUAAUUACUCCCACGUGUAUCCCGAGCACCAUGACCACCCCCGUGUGUUGGUAUGCUCCGUAUCUACAGUGUGUUAAAGCGACUUUAAAAAGGGCUACGAUGCCAAAUUCUAACUGGAAUAGUAAACCGAGGCCAGAGGGGGGGGGGGGGGGGGGGCUCGUACAUACACACACAUAGCUGCAUACCAUACUUGGCUUAUAUAUCCUGACGUCAUUGCGAUUGUUUCUUUUUUUAUGUUUUUCUUGUUUUAUACGUCGUUUCAACCUUUUUUCAGAAAACGCUGCCGGGACCUCCAGAUUGUAUAGACCCCCCCCCCCCCCCCCCAGGCCUUCCCGUGUGCUGCGCCGCCCUCUAGUGGCCGCAUUGUGUAAAUACCAGGUAUAUCCAUAUGUCCGCUGUACAUAGGGCUACGUAGAUAUCUCUCAACGCGUCAUUUUUUUUUCUUCUACAAAAAUAUAUAUGCAAAUACGAUAUUGACCUUUUUCUGUCUUUGCUCUUAUCACUAUGUUCUGAGACGCUACUCGACUUUGAUCUUGUUUUUUUUGUUUUGCCGAGGUUAGAAACGGCUUCAACGAGGAAUCUCUCGUGUAAUUAUCUUAGUUUUUUUGUGGUUGAUGCAUUCGUCUGAUUUUUUUAUUUGAUUUUUUCCGAAAGAGGACGACCACGCUGCUCUCUAAUAUAAGCCAUAUACAUCAUUAAGCUAGUCGUACAUCGCCGGAGCCUCGGACGUCCUCGUUACAUAAGCUUCUAAACUCUGCGUCUCUCGGCUGUCGAUCAUCUUUCGGCUUUGGCUUCAUCCGACGGCUGCCAACGGCUCUUAAACCAAACUGCCGGCUUGCGGGGGGGGCAGUGAUUUUCGGCUUGCUGCAUGUGGGAUGACGGUCAAAGGAUGUGACGCGGUUGUUUUUUUAUAUGCAUAUACCCAGACAAGUGUUUGUCAAAUUGUUGUCAAGUUCGGACGAUUUUUCACGAACGCAGAAGACAUGAAAGAAGUCGUUUGACCUCGUGUGAUUGGUCAGAAGGCCUCGAGAGAACGAUGGAUAGAGGGGGAGAGAGAGAUGGAGAGAGAGAGAGCAUGUGUAUGUUGUGGAGCUCUGAGAAGUCGGGACCUUUUUUAAUUGGUUGGUUUUCCUCUGUCACGACGCUUUGUCCCGCCUCCUUGACACGGAGAUGAUCUGCAGAGGUCGUCUCGUCAGUUUUUUUUAGACGUUUGCAUAUUCACAGAAUUAAUUAUAUAUAAAUACUUAUCUAUAUAUCUAUAAAUAUAAAAGUAUUUAUAUAUAUAUAUUUUAUGCAUAUAUAUAUAUAUUUUAUGUAUUUAUAUAUGUACAUUUUAAUUAUUUAUAUAUAUAUUUCACAUAUACUUAUACAUAUUUAUAUAUAUAUUAGGUAUUUAUAUGUAUAUUUUAUAUAUACUUAUAUAUUAUAUAUAUAUUCAUGUGUGUUUGUAUAUAUAUAUAUAUAUACUUAUAUGAAUAUAUUCAUAUAUUUUCAUAUACAUAUUCAUAUAUGAAUAUAUAUAUUCGCCCCGUUGUGAUUGGACCGUGAGGAGUUCAGGAGUCACUCCCAUGUGACGAGCUCUCUCACUGAACACUGGGACGUUUUUUUAAAUGUCUCACAUGUAGAUUUUCCUCUGAAUUCAUUGAUGAAUUUAGUUGUGCGUUGUUCUUGAGACGGAGAUGUGGUGUUGGUGUGUGUUUGGAGACUAGAUGAACGUUGUAAGUGCCACGGGGAGAGUUCCCUCCACAGAGCAGAGCGUCUUGAGACGGAUGGAUCAAGAGUAGAUUUCUCACAGUUGCAUGUAAAUAAGGAGCAUCCUCCGAACCCGUUACGUUUUUAACUGGAAGACGAUCCGCCCGUCAAUGGACCUCCACCGCCGUCAGCGUAACACGUUAUACACAACUCAUGGUCCACGAUCACCAGCAAGCUUUACGGUUUAUUACAUUAGGAGACAUUCUUUUUAAGGUUUUUGUUUUGUUGGUAGAACUACUCCCAUUACAAAUCCUGUCUGUAAAAACAUAACUCAUUUAAACCGGUUGUCUGUCUCGCACACAGGCCUCGAGUCUGUCGUUGUUGUUGUUGUUUGUCCUUCCCGCUCGGACAGGGAUUGUAAUGGAAUCGACUUAAUUUCGCUCUUACACAAAGUAGUGUUCACGAUGUCUGUACACCAUAAUCUACCUAAAACCUACCUCUUUUAGCUCAGAUAUUAUGCUUUCGCAUUAAGCAUCUGCCUCUUGUUUUUACUUUUGUAAUAUUUGUAUUCAUGUUGGUAUUUAUUGCUGUCUAAUGAGUCAUACUUCAAUGAUUACCUCAGAGAUAUCUCACACAUUUGGGAGAGUCCAGCUAAUGAAGUCAUAGUCUUUUCUUUUUUUUUGUACAGUUCCUCUCAGACUUAGCGUUGCUCUUUUUUCUUUUUUUAACGGACAAAAUACCGGGAGAGUUUUCAACAUAGUGCCUGAGCUCUGCCGGGCCGGGCGAGGGCGCCUUUACUCCAAAACAAAGACGCCCUUCUCUUGCAUCUUUGGUCCUUUUUUGGAUAAGCUUGGUAACUUUUUAUUUUAAGCAAACGAUGCAAUUUUGAUCCCCGUCGGCCGAUCGCCUCGCUGCUCGACGGCCUUCUGGAGAGGAGCGCCGUGUGGCUGCAGAACCCUCUGUGUGCUGUAGGGGGCGCUGUGGGCUGCAGAACCCUCUGUGUGCUGUAGGGGGCGCUGUGGGCUGCAGAACACUGUGUGCUGUAGGGGGCGCUGUGGGCUCCGCUCUCUACAGGGUUCAUACAGUCAUGGGAACCCGUGGCAUUUUUUUAACAUGUUUAUUUCCAGGCCUGGAAAAGCCCUUUUUAAAAAAACACAAAAAAACAUUUUAAUCCCUAAAGUUUUGGAAAAGUCAUGUAAAAGUAUUUAUGUUAAUUUACACAGUUUGAAAGAAAAAAAUAGAAACAAAUUAAGUUAAAUUAAUGAAUUAAUUAAAAUGUAUAAAUUUGUAUUAAAAAAAAAAAGAAUAAACAUUUAUAUCGAUGUUUAUUAUUAAUCAAACUAUCGUCUCCUUCAUUUGUGUCAUUUAUACGAUGACAUUUCACCACAUGUGGUCAUGGAAAUGUGGUUUAAAGUCCUGGAAGGUCAGAGGUCAACAUGUGUAUGAACCCUGUCUGCAGUCCACCAUCUAGUCCUCUUAUUGCCCCCCCCCCCCCCCCCCUCUAACACGGGGAAUCCUCAACAUCAUGCAAUGCUGCUUUUUAUCUCGAGCGUCGCCGCGCUGCGAGUCCACAUCGUCUGCGACGCACGACUCGGUGUGCGCCGCUCGUUGGGAAAAACACACGAGUCCUUUUUUUUUUUUUUUUUACUUUUUUUUUUUUUUUCGUGUUCUAAUAACUCACUUUAGUGAACUUUUAAACCCAGUUUAUUCUGUAUUCUCUCGUCAAACUGCUUCAGGUAAACACUGAACGAACAAGAACGCUUUUUAUCGAUCGGUGAAUCCUGAGGAGGAAUGUCGUCGCCGUGGUUACGGCCGCCCGGAGGUAAAUAUUAACGGAGCUUCGGACGAUCCCCCGGCUUCAGAGCGUGAGAUCGGCCCCUUGGCGCCUAGCGUAUCGAUUUCAUAUCGGAAUAAACUCGAUAUUUUUGUUAUCAUUGUGAACCCAAAUCAUGCCACUUUUAAAUAAAAAACCAACAAAAAAAGCACUUAUGAGAUUAUGUUUUACGCAUAUUGAUCUGAAUCUACUCGCCAUGAGCGUGAAACGGCUCCAGCUAUUAGAAAGAAGAAGUUAGACACUUACAUUUAUUUGUAAAUUGCAAAUUCGUCUUUUGUCCCUUUUUUAUUUUUUCAUUAUUUUAUUUCAAAGAUCUUUUUUUUUAUAUUUUAAAUUGGUGUUUUAUGUAAUGUUAUUUUUGUCAGAUGUUUUGCAAAUCAAAAAUAAAACAGUUGUACAUACAAA